AUACUUGUACCUUUUUACGAAUUAUAAAUGUUGGUUGAUUAAUAUUAAUUACUAAUAGAUUUUAAAAUUACCAUAGUCCCUAUUUUUUCCAAACCUAUAAUCAUGGACCUAUUGUCUUAAGUAUACACAGAGUUAAAUACGUAACUCAAAAACCACUCGUUCAAGUUUUGAUUUUGAAAUUAUUUGAAAAAUUAUUUACCAAAAAUUUGCAGUAGAAAAGAAGUGUUCUCAUUUGAAUAAAACAAAAACCUUUAUCUCCAAAGACACACCUCUCUUUAGUCUUAAGUAGUAUAAAAAAAUCUAAAGAAAUUAAAAAUAUUAUGGUCUUUAAAUAUACAUUUAAAAAAGUCUAAAAAUCAGAUAUUUAAUGACUGCGUAUUAUUGAACAUAAAAAAAGAGUGAUCAUGCAAUCCACCCUGUAUAGUCACAUAUGUACUAACACCGACUCGCAAUAUUGUUAUAAACAAAUGCACACACACACACACGUCUUCUGGUUCCUGGUUUUCAUUCCGGUACAACGCAAUAACAAUACGCGUCUCAUAUACAUAUAGCGAGGUACAUACUUACACCUAUAAACCUACUUAUUGUAUCAAUAUAUAUAUAUAUAUAUAGCCGGGACUUUGGGGUAUACGACGGCAGACGACGUCCGGCAGCCGACCAGCGAGCACCGACGACGACGACGACGACGACGACGACGACGACGACGAAGAGGACAGCCCGCGGCACAGUUGUAUAAUAUUGUACAAUUUACUCAUCCCCCGGUGAAUCGGACCGUCUGCUGUUGUUAUAAUAAUACAGUAUAUUAUAUUAUACAGCCGCAAAGGCCGGACAAGCGCCGCGAUAUGGGAUGCGCCGGGAGCAAUCCUUUACCGGCAGGAGACGCGAUGGUGGCGUCGGCUACAACCGACAGUCGCACGGUCGCGGUCGACCCGCCGCCGAUGUCCGACACCGAAAAAGCGUGUUCGAUUGUCAAGAAGGUGGUCGGCAGCGUCAACGUCGACGAUGUGGUCAAAAAGAUCCAAGACGUCGGUGGAAGUAUGGAAAAUUUGAUGGACGAGACUCAAGAAAAAUUCAGUUCAAUAUUUGGAAAAGCAGAAAAACAAGUUGAUGAUGUAGAAAAAUCAGUAGAAGACAAAGUAAACGAUUUUACUUCAACUAUGCCAGAAAAACCUAAAAUACAAGAAGUUAUUCUUCUUACAGUUGAAGAAACUAGAGUAAUACCAAUAGACAUACUCAAGUCUGAAGUUCUAACAAAUGGAAAUGAUGCCGUGGUUGGAGAGGUAAAUAACAAUGCAAAAGAAGAACAGACAGAAAUAAAACCUGAAGAGUCUCCUAUCGAUGUAAAUGAAAAACAAAAUGAGGAAGAAGAUAAAGUUGAAGAAGAAAAAGUUGAAGAAGAAAAAGCCGAAGAAGAAAAAGUCGAAGAAGAAAAAGUCGAAGAGGAAAAUGUCGAAGAAGAAAAAGUUGAAGAAACAAAAUCUGAGGAAGAAGUGAAGGAAGAAGAAGAAGAAGAAGAAGAAGAAAAAAUUACUGAAAAAGAAAAAGCUGAAGAAAAUGAAGUAGAAGAGUAAAUAUCAAAGUAAGCAAGUUAACUAAAGGGCGGCUCAAAACUAUAUUAAAUACAUUUUAUACCUACAAAGAAAAAGCUAUUUGAAAGAUUUAUAUACCUAUAGUGGAAUUAAUAAUUUUAUACAUUAUAUUUUUUGAUAAAAUUGUAUAGAAUUAAAAUUGCAUUAUGUAUAGUUAUUUUAUUAUAUUGUAUACGGUUUUAAGAUAAUUUUUUUAUACUUAAUAAAAACAACUUUAAAUUUAAAUCUACCUUACACAUUGAACUUGUUGACGAAUUUGACAGGACACAAAUGGACAUUUACCGCCUAAAAGGCACCAUUAGAUUUAUUAAGUAGAUUUUUAUUAUUUUUAAAUCGAUUAUAUUAUGAGUACCUAUAUAUUAUUUAUUACUGAGGGUUGUAAAGCUUAGUAUAGUAAUAAUAUAAAUUAAAAUUAUUUGAUAGUAUCAGGAAUAAUACUAUGUACAUUGACUGUGAUAUAUAUAAUUAUAAUUAACUAUAUUAUAGAAAAAAGCAAAAACCAUGGAAAGAACAAUCAAUUAUCAUUUGUAAAAGGACUUGUCGAAAAUGUGCAUCCUUCUAGUAAAACCUGAAAUAUCGGCACUGUAUUACAAUUUUUUAAAUUACAAAAUUUCAAAUAAAUGAUUGCAUUUUGAAAUUUGAAUACAUUUUAAGAGCAUACCAUGGUUUUUUUUUAUUUUUGAGCGCAUCGGUGCACAAACAUCCUAAUUCCUAAACCUAUCCUACUUAAAUGUUAUAAAGGAUGUCGAUUUAAUCAUAUUAUAAGGUGCUACGUCAUUAUAAAAGCCUUGGAUUUACGCCAUGUUGAAAACCGUUGGCCCAUAAUAAUUAUAUCAUUGAUUUAUCAAACAAUAACUUUGGUACUACGUCGAGUGAUCAAUUUUUUCCAACACCUCUGAUGCCAACGACAUAAAUUUUCCAGGAAAACCAAUUUAAAGUGUACCAAUAUUAUUACAUAGCUACAAUAUACCUUCUAAUAUCGUCGGUAAUUUAAUAAAUUAGUACCAAUAUUGUUUUGCCUUGAGCAGUGACUAUUAUUUUGUACUUUGUCUGCUUAUAACAAGACUACUAAGGUCAUACACUCAUACCUAUCUUAUAUGCAUAUUAUAUUUUUCUAAAAAAAACCUUUCAAUUGAGUGUUUUUAUUUAAAAAGUGGUAUAUUUGCAAAUAACAAAUCAACAAAGUUUUAGGUACAUAAAUCUGUAUUGAAUUCCGAGAACAUUAGAUUUGUAAUCAAUUGUUGCACAUUAUUUGUUUCAUCGUAUUCUGAACGUGAUGCACUUCUGAUGUGUUUGUCAGGUUUUACGUGUUAUACACUUGUACGACAUUAAAACGUUUUUCACGUUACAGAUUAUACAAAAUAAAAUAAAAUUAUACGAUAAAAAUACAGAUUAUUGUAUUUUAUAUUUAACUUGGCUACACAAUUGGUAAGCUUUUGUUAUACAUUAUGUUACUUUUCAAACGUUAUUGUUAAUUUUGUAACAAACUUGUGUCGUGUAUACAUUUUAUAAACAUUAAUUAUGAUUAAUCUAUUUUCCAAAUUAUAACCGUGCGCACACAAAAAAUAAUAUUAUGAAAACCGACCAAGUGCGAGUCGGACUCGCGCACGAAAGGUUAGUCAUCAUCUAUAAACAUGUUAGCACUUGCUAUAUGAAGUCCUUUAUGCAGUAAAAAAAAACCAGAAUAAUAUUCAAGCCUGCCAAUAUCAUCUGUUCAAAAUAUUUCAUAUUACCUUCAUCGUUGAAUAAUAUGCAUCUUAUGUUCAGUGGCGAAGUCUAUAAAAAAAAUGUUGUUGCUCAAAUAAU